GCUUCUUCGUCCUUUGUUGCUCUUCAGAAGUUCUCGAGUUCUGUGUUCGAUCAUGCUGUUCUUAACCUGGUUCAUCUUCGGUUUGGUCAUUCUCGUUCCUGGACUACUUGCUGCCAGCCUUCCACCAGCACUGGAUCCACAUGCAACCAUUGUCAAUCUGCGCAUCGAAGGUUCACAGAAAACUAUCUACGAAGGGCCUAUCAUCACCAAAGGCCACAACGUUACCACUUCAUCCGGAGGCACGCAUCAUUGUGAUGGGACAAACAAUCAUGAGAAUCCGACGCCAGGCCCGACCUGCACUAGCGCGCUAGAUGAUGCUUCCAAACUGAAAGGAUUUACGUGGGAUGGAAGUUUCUUUGACGAGUUUGACGAUUAUUUCAUAACUCGCAUUGCCUUGGAUACAGGCAACGACGACGUGGCGUGGGGUAUUUUGCUGGACUUCGAGUUUACGCCUGUCGGCGGGUGUCAACAGCGUGUGAAGAACGGAGACCAUGUGCUCUUCGCUUUUGAUGCAUUCAACAAGAAUCAUUUCUUGAAGUUAUCUGGACCAACGACGGUCAAGGCCGGCCAUCCAGUGACUUUCACAGUCACUGACGGUGCAACCGGUGUGCCGAUUGGAGGCGCUAUUGUUGCAGGUGGUGGUACCUCAGAGGCGACGAAUGCUGACGGGGAGAUCCAGCUGGCAUUUGAGUUAGUAGGGCCUCGUUCGAUCAAAGCAGAACGGAGCGAUUCGAUCCGGUCCAACAAGCUCUCAUUCUUAGUAGUCCCCUAAUGUCUUUGUUUGGCGAUUUUUGUAUUUUUCAGUACAAAGAACAAGAGUUAUUUGUCCCAGUGGGUGCACAAGAAAGUUAAGCGGUGUUCCGUUUUGGGUUAAAUAAACGUCCGAGCCGCCGACGGCCAGUUUGCUUUGGCAAGUCACGGUAAAACGCGUUAAGACUGUUGCCCUAUCUACAUCUUACACUUUUACUCUACACCACAUGGCUCUUGCCACCGAACUGCCUCUCGCCCUAUUAUCCUCCUAAUUCCUUCCUCUUCCCCUCCCACUCCUUCCUCCCGCGCCCCUGCCUUGCCACCCAACCACUAUGUCUUCCGCCCCCAGCGCAAGCGACUUGAAGAAUCGCGGAAAUGAAUCAUUCAAAGCUGGACAAUUCGUACAAGCUGCCAAAUUGUACGCCAAGGCCGAAGCCCUUGACCCAAACGAUCCGGUCUAUCCGUCCAACGCAAGCGCGGCUCUCUUCGAAAAUGCGGAUUAUCUUGGAAGCGUGGAGGCAAUCUUCCGUUCGUGGACAUCCCUGAAGUCAUCACACUCAGAUAAGCCGGACCUCGUUGUUCGACUAUCAACCAGGCUGGCAAAGGCCCUGGCACACGGAUUCAUGGGCGGAGGCAUCUCUUCUGAUUUUCUUACUGAGCACGCCACAGGUAUUGAGGAGCUUAAGCUGGCUGGUCGAACAUCACUCUCAAAUGACAUAAGCUCCGUUCCGGCAGCCGAAUGCAACAGCGCCUGGCAACUUUGGUAUUCGGUCUCGGAAAAUGUAAAUGACCACGCGAAUGCUGCCAAGGACGCUCUGGUGCACCUGUCACGUUUGCCGAUGCUAAAGAAGACCCCUGAACCCACUGUCGGUUAUUGGGCGCUGGGCACCGAUCCCGUCUUUUCUCUAUUGGAUGGCUGGUUGGACGGGAAUGCUCACCCUCUUGACAUUGACAAGCUCCAGGAAUCUCAGCUGAACAACGUUGGACUCUUAUUUGGAGGUGUCGGCGACGGUCGUCAUGCAUAUGCUACUACCAUUGGCAUCAACAAAGUAUUCAAACGCUUGGGUAAAUCAAAGCAAGAAAUGCUGAAUGUUCAUCUCACGCUGCUCGAUAUACAUCCCGGCAUUCUUGCGCGCGACCUUGUACUCAUGAUGCUUGCAUACGAACUUGGAGAUGAAAAUCUAGAUCCAGUUGAUAAACUAGAGAUUCAAGCCACCGCUAUAUACACCUUUGCCGGUGUCGCAAUGCCCUCAUAUUGCGCAGAACGUCUACGAACCUUACUCGCAGACCUUCGGCAUCGUCUCUCACAAUCACCUCCCUGCCUACCAGAAUGGCUGCACGUUGACUCCAACGCCGUCCAAGAGAUCUCACGAACGCUCGUCUCAUGGCUCACCAUCCCCGUUGGUCCUGUUAAGAAGCUCUUGGACGCUCAUAUCUACAUCAACCCUGAAAGGAGCGGUUUCGACUCGCUACCCUCAGGAAGGGUCCCGCCUGCGAUCGUCUCAAUGAUGAAGCAGGAGAUGGACGAGCGUCGACAGCAGUUUGCUAAGGCGCUCGACUCCUACUCACCAAACGAUCUGAGAAUGAUGGGCCUGGUUUCCCCUGAUACAUCUGCGAAAGAAGCUAAACGCCUGAUACAGGCAAAUCGUGAUGAACUCGUUGAGCGAAUGAUGCAAAAUUACCUGGAAGGACCACCCGAAGAGAAGUGGUAUAAGAAGAUGAAGAUAUUCCUCCCUCCGCCUGAACUCAGACCGAGGCACACGAAGUUUGUUGAGCUUGCUGAAGGUGCGAAGGUCGGAGGCAUAUUCGGGGACGCCGCGGUCAUGGAGGCAAACAAACAUAUUUAUUCCACUUGGGAGUCGAAUAUGACUAAUUUUUAUAUCGAUCCCGUCAGGCAGACCAAAGAACAGGGCUAUCCUAACACUUCUGCUAGCAACGUCAAAAGUCUUGCUGAUAUUCACGAUUUCUUGAAAGAGUCCGACCUUGUGUCAAGCAAGGCUUGCGAGGCAGCUGAUGAUGCGCAACUUUUUUUCUCCGGUGCAGCUUUCCUUGAGCUUUUUGGGAAGGCGUUGAGGGAACUCAGCGGCCAUAUCAAGAUCGAACUUCUUGCUGGUGGCUUGAUUGAGGAACUUGCCAAAAUGCGUUUCAAAGCGGACGUCUCGCGCCCCGCAGAAUUCCCUCGUUUCUACACUAGGAUGUGGCUCAGUAAUGUUCCGGACUAUACACAUGGUCUAUUGAAUGUGGUAGUCUACACUCUACCAAACGUUGACCAAACCGGCGAGGGCGCAGCGGCGUGUAACUCGUUGACGGCUAGUGGUGCAUGGAAGGGAGAUGACGAGUUCUGUCACACAUACACACUACUACCCCUUGCUGACAUACCGCGGUAUUUGGGAUGCCGGAUCAUACCUAUGGAUGGAAUCCGUAUUGUAGGAUGUCUUGUAGUUGCUCCUCAGGCAUUGCCGCGGCCACUCUCUGAACUCGCGACGAAGCAAGAGCUUUUCACAUGGCUCACGAGACAGCUCAUGAACAUCGUCAUACCGGGGGCUUCCCGACCACGUCCCAACCGCAUACUCCUUCCAAACAACCUCACUGCAUUAGUAGGUCUGCUUGUUCAUCUUCACGGUGUCGGAUUUCCGGGACAUUGGCUAGGAGAGUUCAUGCAGACCAUUCUCUCGGAUAACAUGGUUACAGACAUUGCACCCUAUCGCGAAACGCUCCCUAUUCCAGUAUCAGACGCCGAUAGGAGGGUGAAGAAACGGAAAGUGCGAUUGGAUCCUUGGCUUCCUGACCUUGAAAAUACUCUUGCUGUAUCCCACAAAGGCAUACCAUUUGCUUUCACUCUCCCGGCCGAUUUCGUUCGUUCUCCGGAGGAGAUUGGUCUAUUUUAUGUACCUGUGGAACAACAUCCCGUUCUAAAGGAUCGACUUCACCCUCGAGAUCCAACAAUCAUCUUGGUGUUCCACAAAGAAGACUUCAAUUCUAACAAAAUGAGUAUCUUCAUUCAGAGUGUUUUGGAAGGAGGAUCGUCUCUCCAAGUGGGUGAUCUAGUGGUUCUGACGGCUUCAGAUGCAGUGGAUCAUGACCGAGAGAUUCGAUGGAGGAUGAGCAGAAGGCGCGCUGAGGGCAUGAUGACGGGCCCAUGGUUUGUGACUGCAUUCAGAUCUGACAUGAUGGUACCAGCCACUAGAUCUGUGCCGUCUUCUCAAUGGGUCAAAGUCAAUUGAGCAGGAAACGGGAGUGCUCGAUUUGGACUUGCCUUGUGCUAUUGCUACUCAUUAUUGCAGUACAAUCGCCGUGAUUAAUACAUUAUGUCUUCAUUGGAUAGUAGGCUGUUCUAUCAAUUGCAGGCUUCUCGCAAGAUUAGAAACGUGGAAGUCAGAGGGAAAAAG